UAGUUAACACAAUAAGCCGCGGCUCCAUUUGCAUUUAACCGUUGAGUUAAUUCAUGUAAAACGGUCGUUAGUUUGGUAGUAAAGAAUAAGUAACGUACAGCAAAAAUGGCAUACGAACUGCUCUGGGAUGCUUCUUAUGAAUAUUUAGAAAAACACGCUGCCUUCGUAAAUUCGCUCACUAAUUUAAUGCUAACGAGAGCAAAGAAUCUUCGCUCUCACCUUUUUGGCAAGGAAUUGAUAAAGAGCCCCACAUUUUUAGCGGACUUUAAACUAGCGCAUGAUGAGCUGCAAAACAUGACCAAAACGCUCCAAUUGGUAGUGAACGAUUGGAAAAGCUUGUUCGCGGAAGUAUCUUCAAGUUGGAGCAUACAAACAGUCCCGCAAUCGAUUGCGUCCAACGCUGAGUUAACCUUUGAUUACAUCAGGCCAAUGCUCGACUAUAAAGCGAAUGCGAAAGUUCAGCUCAUUGUCACUUAUAUACCGGUUGCAACGGAAGGUAUUUUUUAUGCGAUGGACGAAUCGCGGAAAAACGACUUCAGCGCCAAUUUAAUGCCCAUUCAAACAACGCCCAAAACUCUGCUCGAUAAAUCACCGCCGCCCGGAACGGUGUUUAUUGUUUUACUGGACAAUCUGUGGACGCGUGCAGUUUGCAACGUAUUCACGAAUGGCACAAUGCCCCUAGCAAUCUAUCUGCUGGAUUUGGGUGAAAUAUUGCCGUAUGAACAUCAUGUCCCAAAAGCUGUGCUUCCUGCCGUAUUGAGCAGCGUACCGGCGUACGCGAUGAAAUGUUCCAUCGUUCCAAAAACGGCCUCGUUUCCAUUUAAACUGUACGAUACCGUAAGCUGUACCGUGGUGAGAGUGGAAAAUGAUAUGCUAAUAUUAGAACAUAAUGAGGAAAAGCAAGAAUACUCAAUUACCCGGGACACUUCUAAAGAAACAGAAUCGAUUUCCAAAGAAAUGUCCAUACAGACAGAAGGGGAACAGGUAGAUGAUGUUCCCCAAAAUACAUCAAACGCAGUAACAUUGACACCUGAUGAACAGACGGAAAUUCCAAAAGAAGCAAUGUUGAAACAGCAACACGUCCACAGUACUACAAACACAACGAUACUAACUAAUAAGGAAGAAAACAAAGCAUGCUCGAUUUCCAAAGAAAUAUUCACAGAGCCAGAAGGGGAACAGCUAGAUAAUAUUGCUCAAAAUACAACAAACGCAGUGAAAAUGGCACCUGAUGAACAGACGGAAAUUCCAAAAGAAGCAAUGUUCAAACAGCAACACGUCCACAGUACUACAACUAAUAAGGAAGAAAAGAAAGCAUGCUCGAUUUCCAAAGAAAUAUUCAUAGAGCCAGAGGGGGAACAGUUAGAUAAUAUUGCUCAAAAUACAACAAACGCAGUGAAAAUGGCACCUGUUGAACAGACGGAAAUUCCAAAAGAAGCAAUGUUGAAACAGCAACACGUCCACAGUACUACAAACACAACGAUACUAACUAAUAAGGAAGAAAACAAAGCAUGCUCGGUUUCCAAAGAAUUAUUCACAGAGCCAGAAGGGGAACAGUUAGAUAAUAUUGCUCAAAGUACAACAAACGCAGUGAAAUUGACACCUAGUGAACAGAAAGAGGAAAACUCUAUCCCCAGGGAAUCUUUCCAAAAAGCAGAACAACAAGCUGAUGCAUCCCAGAAUUUUACGAAUCCGAUGAAAUUGGCACCUAGCGAGGAAAGGCAAGAAUAUGCCAUCACCAGAGAAACAUUCACAGAAGAAGAAUUGGAACAGCUAGAUAAUAUAUCGCAAAGUACAACAAAUGCCAUGAAAGCUGUGCUCGGGUACGUGCCAAAGGAUGACGAAAGGCUCUGCAAGCAUUACGACCCCAAGACGAAAGGUUGUUUCAAAGGAAGCAACUGUCGAUUACGACAUGAACCGAAAGAUCCGAACGGUUGGACGCUCGACAAAGACACGGUGUCAGUCUCCGUUCCAGCGCAGAUGGAAAUGCCACUGCCCAACACCUACGUUACACUCCACACGACAUGUAUUAUCGAUGUGGACACGUUCUAUGCGCACGUCAUCGGAGACAUUUCGGACUACUCCAACUAUGAACAACUAAUGUCGGAAAUGAACGAUCCAGCAGUGGUGGCCAAUUAUAAACCACUUAAACUAAUGCCUGCGCUUGGUGAGUUAGUAAUUGCCAAGUACGAAGAUCUUUGGUACCGGGCGACAGUUUGUGACGCGUUCGAUCGUGCAGUCAGUGUAUUUUAUGUCGACUACGGCAAUACGGCGAUGGUUGGGUCAAACGAAGUGCGCCGUUGGGAGGAUCGCUUUAAAUAUAUCCCAUUCCAGGCCGUGUGUUGCCGUAUCUCCAAUAUACAGCGCAUCAAACCGUGUCAUUUGGAAGCUAUCCAGCGGCUGCAUUGCUGCAUUCUAGACAAACAGCUAAGGGCCAUGAUAAUUGAUAAUAAACAUCCAUGGGAAGUUAUACUAUACGAUAAAGAUAAUGUUGACAUCGGCGAAUUACUGAUAAAAGCCAGUUUAGCGCUUCCGAGAAAACCAUGCAAAUUUGACCAACAUUCUUACAUCCCCGGUUAGGUAACGAAUUAUCGUGUGCCACUGUGAACAAUAUGAACUUAUUUUCCAUUAAUUCUGACCUUUACUUUUAAGAUUGAAUUUGAAUUCGUGUAUUUCGUUAUUUUUUCCUGACACAAAUAUACCGUGAUAUAUAAGCAAA